AUGGUCUCGACAUUCCUACGAUUCGCCGCCCCCUCGGCUACUCCCCGCAGAUGCCCGCAAUGCGCGCGCACUUUCGCCUCGUCGAUACCGUAUCGGCAGUCAGCUAAGCGCCAGAUGCAGACGGCGACUGCAUACCAUCCUUCGUCGCUAUACCCUCAGCCGCCACCAAGGAAUGCUGGCGUACCCGACACAUCGAUAGCUGGUGGAGCAGCCGAGGCAAACAAUGCGAAGACCCCACAACUACCGCCGCAAGAACACAUCCCCGCGACACCUUCCGAGCAACCGAACGUGAGCAUACCCGAAGGCGAAGCACAGAAGCCACAGCAGGCAGCGGGUGCCAGCAAGCCGUUGCGGCCGCGUCGCUACAACUUCGGGCCACGGAAGGCCACCAUUAAGCUUUCACAGUCGGCAGUAUCGCACCUGCGUGAACUCCUUGAGCUACCGGAGCCCAAGCUUAUCCGGAUCGGCACAAAGGCAAAGGGUUGCUCGGGGCUGGCAUAUCACUUAGAGUACGUGGACAAGCCAAGCCCGCUGGAUGAGCAGGUCGAACAGGAUGGCGUCAAAGUCCUGAUCGACAACAAGGCGCUGUUGAACAUUAUUGGAAGCGAGAUGGACUGGCUUGAAGACAAGCUGAACGAGCGCUUCAUCUUCAAGAACCCCAACAUCAGUAAGUAUCGAUACAAUGUACUACGAGAGACCAAGACUAACAUCUUGCAGCGGAGCAGUGCGGUUGCGGCGAGUCCUUCAGCGUAUCAUGAUACCCUUACGAUUCAAUCACUAUACCUUAUAGAAGCAUUACCGGCGUUGCAUCUUCGGCGUUACCCCUACAUAAGACAUAAUUCGAAUAUCAUUACCACCACCGGUAGCACGAUUGCUACUUGGUCUCUAUGCCUACAUGCGAUGCAGACUCGCAAUACCUCCAUUGCAAGAUCAGCAACAGUAGUUUCCCGGAAACUGUAA